AUGAGUCGUGGCGGCAGGGUCCCCGUUUUCGUCGUCCUCGACAUCGACAACACGCUGCUCUCCACCUGCCGCCGCUUCUCCGCGAGUCAUCCCUUUGCCGUCAGCGGGGCGCUCGUGCGGCAGCAGACGCUGUGCUACCAUGACGCCGAACGCGGGCGGUGCGUGCAUGACUGCACCUUCACGAUGCGCCCACACGUGCCCGAGUUUCUGCGCGUUGUGAGUGGGGCGUUGAGCACGUCGCGCGUGGCGGUGAGGGUGGGGCUCUUCACACGUAAUACACCCUCCUACGCGCACGCCGUGGCGGAGCAACUGCUGCGGCCGCUGAUGCCGGUGCCGCUUGCCUUUGCACUCGGCAGUUCCCGUUGCUGCGGACCCGACGGGCGGCAGAAGUCAGUGUCAGUCACCGGCGCACCCGCCACAUCACUGCUGGUGGAUGACAAGUGCGGAUCGUUGGUCCCGCGGGAGUUUUUCAGCGGCCGCGGGGCGCUCGUGCAGCCGUUCUUCACCGGCGUGAGACAAUGGGGGCCGGAGGAGGAGAUGGACGAUGUGCUGUCGUGCGGUGAACGCUUUGCCACGCCUGAGAUCGACAGCAACAACAGCAGCAGCAGAAAGGAUGAUGAUGAUGAUGAUGACGUGGUGGAGUCUUGCCUUCUCGGGUGCGGCGCUGACGCCGAGGUGACGCUAUGUGCGUUGAUUGAAGCGUUUGUCGCCUUUUGGCAUGACAAUGGCAAUGAAGUUUCUGCUUCUGGGGAAACGGACUUGCUGCAGCAUCCGCGCGCUACACGUUACCGGGCUUGUUGGUCGAGCUACCACGCCCCUGUGGAAGAGAGGCUGGCGUGCAUCACGUAG